UGAAAACAAAAUGUUGUCAUGCCUUUUUCUGAACUUUUACCCUGCCUGUAUUUCUUGGCCACUAACACGUGUUAUAAAUGUAUAACAUGUCGUCAUAAAAUGAGUAAACAUGAAGAUCUCCGAACUUAAUAGGGAGCUACUCCUGAAAUAUCCAGUUGUAAAGAAAGUUGCGAUGGAUCCUUAUUUUUCGAUGCUGAUCAUGAUAUCGUUUAUGGUUUUUGCAUUUAUACUGAUGAAGAUUUAUAGAAGAUACAGAUUACAACAUUAUGAAGUACCUGCUAGAGAUGUACGAAAAGGUCAUCGUUGGUAUAUGGUAGAUAUAUUCCCUGAACUGAUUUAUUGCAGCUUUAGUCAUGAUCGUAUAAAACAUGGUGCUCGUUGUGAUUCUUGUGGUUUAUGUGUGGAUGAAAGUUACAUGAAAGCAGCUAAUAAGAAAUUUCCGUGUAAGCCAUUGACAGAAUCAGGACCUGUGACCCAUCACCAUUGGAUACAAGGAAACUUACCUUUAUAUAGUAAAUGCUUUGUAUGUGGUGAUGAUUGUGGCAUCUUGCCACAUAUUUCUGAUGUGAGAUGUGCAUGGUGUGGAAGAUCUGCACAUGAAAAUUGUAUUUACAUGAAAGAAGAAUGUGAUAUGGGAGAAUUUCGGUCCUCAAUUGUGCCACCCCACUGUAUAAAACUUACAUGGACUGGAAUCAAAGGACGUAGGCAUUUAGUUGUUGAAUCUGUCAGACAUCCUGGUUAUAAAAACUGGUCCCCUGUUAUUGUUGUAGGCAAUAGGAAGAGUGGUAACAAUGAAGGGGAGUUGAUUCUCAGAGAUUUCAGAUCAGUUCUUAAUCCUACUCAGGUAAUUGAUUUGAAUGAUGUCCCACCAGAGAAUGGUCUUGAGUGGUGCCAUUUGCUACCAGAUAUUACAUUUAGAGUUCUUGUAUGUGGUGGGGAUGGAUCUGUAGGAUGGGUGCUGAAUGCAAUAAACCAUUUACAACUCAAGAAUCCUCCAUUAGUUGCAAUAUUACCACUAGGAACCGGAAAUGAUUUGUCCAGAGUACUAGGCUGGGGUGAAGGUCACACAAUGCAUGAUAUGGCGAUAACCACAGUUCUGCAUCAAGUUGAGAAGGCAGAGCCAGACAUGUUAGAUAGGUGGAAUGUACAGAUUACACGUAAAAGAAAAUAUCCAGCUCUCAUCAAAAAUAAAUCUAUGAUAAUGAACAAUUAUGCAUCAGUAGGAGUGGAUGCUCUUGUAACUCUGAACUUUCAUAAACAAAGAGAAAGUAGACCAUGGCUAUUUACACACCGACUCAUUAAUAAGUUAUGUUAUUUAGCAUUUGGUACUAAAGAUGUGGUAGGAAGAGAGUGCUGUAACCUUCACAAGAAAAUUAAGUUGGAGUUAGAUGGCAGAGUAUUACAUUUACCAGAUAUAGAAGGUGUUGUUAUACUGAACAUUCCUAGCUGGGGAGGAGGCUGUCAGCCAUGGGGAACAGAAACUGAAAAUGGCAGAUUGGCAGUUCCAAGUUAUAACGAUGGCUUGUUGGAAGUAAUGGGACUGUAUUCUUCAUUCCAUAUUGCCCAGUUACAAGUGGGCUUGGCACAGCCACUUAGAUUGGGUCAAGCAAAGAAAGUUAAGAUAACUAUUCUGAAAGGAAAAGUACCGAUGCAGGUAGAUGGGGAACCAUGGGAACAGUCUUCUCCGGUAGAAAUAGAGGUUAAACAUCAUAGUACAGUCAGAUUGUUAUCAAAGUGUGGAAGACAGAAUAUAAACGGUUAAUUUUCUUGAAAGGUUGAUCCUACACUGUUGAGUGUACAGAAUUCCAGUAUUGUCAACUUACACAAUCAUGAUGCUAUUUUAAAUGUUGAUUCUGCUCCCGUUUGAAUUUUUAAUGCUUUUAGUUUCUGUAGACAAUGUCAAACUGUCUUUCAAUAGUGUCAUUUGAUGUUAAUUAAUUUAGAGAUAUGUUUAUUGUCAGGCAUACAAUAAGUGCUAAGUUGUAUUUAUUUCUGAUUUCAAGUGCUUCAAGAAGGUUUCAAUAGAAAUGUUAUUUAGCUCAGUGUGGUUCAGUGUAGUGAAUAAUAUAUUGAUGAUCUCAUAUUAACCAUGAAUUCUUUUAAUGUAUACACCAAUUUCAAGUCCUUGGGGUUUACUAAGAAUGAUGAACUCAAUUUUGCACUGGUUAACUUCAUUGUAUUUGCAAAUCAUACAUGUGUUUAAGUAUUAGAUACACCUUGAGGGCGUUUAAGCCCAAAUGGGUGCAUCUAAUUUACACCAAGAUAAUUGUUGUCAAUGCAGAAUGAUAGUAUUCAAUAAUUUAGGAUGGGUCUUUCAGCGAUUAGAUCAUAUGUUAUUGAAAAGCAUGGUAAAUGCAGUUUAUCAAAUUUCAUUUAACGACAUCUUGGUGUAAUAUCUAUUGUUUUCUGACAAAUUACAGGAAAAUUUGUUUUUUCUUCAAUGACGAUCAACUUGAAAUUGGUGUAUUAAGCAUACUUAAUGUGCAAUAUAACUCUUAUCUUAUAUUUAUUGUAUGUCCCAAUACUGUAAAUUCAGAAACUAUUGAGAGGUUUUUAUUAUUGCCAAUAAUGAGACUUGGUGAUAAUCGCAAUAAUAAGAACUCGCAUUCUGAUAUCUGAUACAUAUAAGUUUAUGCAGAUUUUCCUGAAAUCGCAAUAAAUAAUCUCACAUUUUUGUCUCGCCUUGACGGAGUCAAAAAGCGAGACAUAGGUAUGCUGUUUCCGGCGUCUGCGGCGUCAACAAUGUAUUAGUUUGUAAUUAGGUCGAGUUCAUGGUGAACCACUAGUGGUAGGUCAAUGAUAUUUGGUAUGCAGUUGUAUAAGCAUUGGCACAUCUUAUUACAAUGGAGAUUAUUUGGCCCCGCCCCCUCAGUCAAGGUCUAUUUACUUUGAAACUUUGCUUAGUUUACAUGUAUUAGUUUGUGAUUAGGUCAGUUUAUGGGGAACCACUAGUGGUAGGUCAAUGAUAUUUGGUAUGCAGUUGUAUUAAUAUUGGCACAUCUCAUUACCAUGGAGAUUAUUUAACCCUGCCCCCUCAGUCAAGGUCUAUUGACUUUGAAACUUUGCUUAGUUUACAUGUAUUAGCUUGUGAUUAGGUCAGUUUAUGGGGAACCACUAGUGGUAGGUCAAUGAUAUUUGGUAUGCAGUUGUAUAAGCAUUGGCAUAUCUCAUUUCCAUGGAGAUUAUUUGGCCCCGCCCCCUUAUUCAUGGUCUAUUGACUUUGAAACUUUUGCUUAGUUUUCAUGUAUUAGUUUGUGAUUAGGUCAGUUUAAGGGUAACUGUUAGUGGUAGUUCAAUGAUAAUUGGUAUGCAGUUGUAUAAGCAUUAGCACAUCUCAUUUCCAUGGAGAAUAUUUGGUCCUUACCCCUCAGUCAUGGUCUAUUGACUUUGAAACUUUGAAACUUUUGCUUAGUUUACAUGUAUUGGUUUGUGAUUAGGUCAGUUUAAGAUGAACCACUAAUGUUAAGUCAAUGAUAUUCGGUAUGCAAAUGUAUUGGCAUUUGCAAGUUUCAUUUCCAUGGAGAUUAUAUAACCCCACCCCCUAAUUAUGGUUCAUUGACUUUGAAACUUUUACAUAGUUUACAAGUUCAUGUUUGUGUUUAGGUUUGUUUAAAGGGAACGACUUAUGAAAAGUCAAUGGCAUUUGGUUUGCAGUUGUAUUAGCAUUGGCACAUUUCAUUUCCAUGGAGAUUGUUUAGCCCUGUACCUUCAGUCAUGGUUCAUUGACUUUGAAUAUUUGCAUAACUUACAUGUUAAAGUAGUGCUAUUUUAAUUUCAACAUUUGUAUUAUCAAAAUAACAAAUAGGCGAGACAUAUCUCUGUGUUAACAGUUUAUUGUCCUUUCUUCAAAAAUCGCAUUAAUAAUUACACCCAAUAAUUUCUGAAUUUACAGUAUCUACUUUUAUAAAGAAAUGAUAUAAAACCUAAUUUAUAGGAUAUUUUACAAUGCAAUUAGAUGUUCUUAACAUAUUGAGAUUAAUGUUAAUUAAAAUACCUCUUAAAAAAACUUGACUGGUCUUUGCUCUUGAUAUCCUUAAUUCUGGCAUACUGUAAAACAUGGUAUAUGGUAUAGUGGAUUGGUAUUAGUUUAAGUAAAUUUUAUUUACUCAAGUAAAAUGGAUUGGACACAAGUAAAUUAUUCUUAUGAAGUCUGCUCCUAAUUACGAUAUAUAACAAUACAAUGUUAAUAUGAGCAUGCAAUAUUUCAAAAUAUGCAAUACUUUACGAGUCUACCAUGGUAUAACUGAAUAUUGAGAAGUAUGGUAUUGUAUGAAAAUAUUUGUACUUGGUGAAUUUUUACAAAAGAUUUUAACAUAAGGUUAGAGAUGUCAAAUGACUUCAAGAUAUAGUUUUGCAAAAGAUUGAAGUUGAUAAGAUCUUGAUUUUUAUGCCCCACCUACGAUAGUAGAGGAGCAUUAUUUUUUUCGGUCUGUUCCUCCAUCUGUCCCACUUCAGGUUAAAGUUUUUGGUCAAGGUAGUUUUUGAUGAAAUGAAGUUGAAGUCCAAUCAACUUGAAACUUAGUACACAUGUUCCCUAUGAUAUGAUCUUUCUAAUUUUAAUGCCCAAGUAGAGUUUUGACCCCAAUUUCAAGGUCCACUGAACAUAGAAAAUGAUAGUGUGAGUGGGGCAUCCGUGUACUAUGGACACAUUCUUGUUUUUUUAUCCUUUCCUUGCAAUUUCCUAAAAUAACCAAGUUGAUGUCCUUUCAAUAUUUCUUCAAGUCUGUAGUUAAUAAAAACCUAACCUCAUUUUUCUGAGCAGCUGUGUAUAAUAAAUGAAUGUUUUAUUGCCAGCAACCCAACAUUGAAAAUCUAAUGCUGAUUUAACGUUGAAAAUGGGCUGAAACCUGGUUGAAAUAUGCCUAGUGAAAAUUAAAGAAUUCUGGUUGAAAUGUUGAAAAUUCCUUGAUGUCUAGUGGCUUCAAUUUUUAUUGCUAGCAAAUAUUGCUAUAUCUGAAGAAGUCAAGAAUGUCUUCCCAGUAUUCAAGUUUCAAAGACAAGACCAGUUUAAGGAAAGUGAAGGUCUUCCAUAAGUAUUUCUUAUUUAGUUUUGAAAAUUGAAGAGAACAAAAAUAACAGUAGCCCAAAGACAAUAUAAAAGCAGACUUUUAGUUCUUCAUUAAAGCAUUUUUAGUAAACUAUAUUUACUGGUGAUUUAACAUCUAUUUGUGCUUUAACUUUAAUUUUUGUGAAUUAUUCACUUUAAUCACCUGAUAAGUCUCUUCUCCCAAUACAUUUGUGAACAAUAUUUAAAAUUGACAAUUUUGGUAUAUAGUUGAAACAGAUACUACAAUAUUAUAAAAGACAUUUUAAAUGACAGUUGUUUGAACAUUUCACUCUCUUUGUAGUUGAAAUGAAUAUGUAUGUGCAUUAUCAAUAUUUACCUUCCUAGGAUCAAAAAGAUAAAUCUGCAUUUAUCUUGUUUCAGUUUUUUUUGCAUAAUUUAUCUUAAUACUCUUUAGGCUUAACAUCAAGUAGUCAAAUAAACGAUCUUUCCUUAGAUAGUAAAAUAUGUUUCCUGCUUUUGAAGAAUAAAUUUCUUUGUUCAAGGAAUGUCAACAUUGGUUUAUAAAUGAUUUUUAUGACAUUCAGUGAAUUAUUAUUGCAUCAAAUGUACAGCUAUUGCAUAUUUUCAUAUUGAUUAAUUCCAGUGUUGAACAUUUAAAUAUUUUAAUGGUUAUUAAUGUUUUAGAUAUUGCAUAAGUAAUACAAAAAAUCUAUUAUUCAUAUAUUGUAUUGUGUUUUCUUUAAUCUACAUGACUUGUGUUAUUUUAUUACAAUCAAAUUUUAGUAAAUCAGGAAACUUGGGUACUCUGUUGAAAACCAGGUAAUUUUUAAUAAAGCAUCACCUGGCCAUAUCUUCUAAAGUCCAUUUUCAAUCACAAUUUAAAGACUUUGUUUCCAAUUUUUAUAAAAAAAAAGUUAUCAAAGGGAAACAACUCCUACGUAAGACAAAUUAUCAGAAAUGUACAGCAAAUGACACAGGCAUGGUGCAUUGUGAAGGAAAUGACAAUAAUUUUGUUUGACUUCAUAAGUUCAUCACACAUGAUAUAUAGUCUUAGAUUUUAAUGUUGUCAAGUGUAAUGGUGUCUGCAAUGUGCUUUUUGUAAUGUUGUCUAUAUAUAUAUAUAUAUAUAUAUGCUCUUUUGACACUGUUUUAAGAGGUAGUUAUUGUUCAAAUUAAUACUUGUAUAAUAAGUAGACAACAAAUGAAAUAUCGUGACAUCUAGUCUAAGAUUUUGAUGUUGUCAAGUGUUGUAAUGUCCUUUAUAUUUUUUUUAUAGCAAAUAAAUUAGAUUAGAGUAACA